ACACAAUGGUCAGAGCCCGCCAAUCGUCAUGCGCAACACUGGCACUCCUCCGCGCACUUCGCAUAUAACACCCAGCAUCUGUUGAUCAUGCAUUGUCCCCAGGCAUGAAGAGUCAGGAUCCUCUACGCGCCCCUUGUUACUCCUUGAGAACUCGCACUACAGAGCGAGUAUAGCAUCCCCUUCACCGUCCGACGAAGCCGAUGACGAGGACUCCUCUUGGGGGGUUCCGGAUUCCGAGAUGGACGAUUUAGCAGACAUGGAAGACGAGAGGAGAUAUGCUGAUGAGGAUACCCGACCGACGAGCGAGAAAGAGCUAUGGGGAUGGUACUCCUAUGGCUGGGCGGCGGAGGUGUUUGCAAUCUGCGCCAUGGGAUCCUUUCUUCCCAUAACCCUUGAGCAACUCGCCAGGGACCAAGGCGUGCUUUUAAAAGACAAGACAACACCAUGUCGCGCAGGCUGGCAGACGGACCAUGGCACGACACCCAAUGCCACUAUCUUCGACGAGCCUAAGCACCGGCACAACGAGUUGCCAGCUUGUGUGAUCUACUUCCUCGGGAUCGAGAUCAAUACUGCAAGCUUCGCCAUGUACACAUUCUCGUUCAGUGUCCUGAUCCAGGCACUGCUGAUCAUCAGCAUGUCAGCCGCUGCCGACCAUGGUCGGUUUAGAAAGACGUUUCUGCUGGCCUUUGCCUUCACUGGAGCCAUAGCAACCUCCUUGUUCAUCGGCGUCGUACCCAGCGUAUACCUUUUGGGGGCCUUGUUUGCCAUUAUAGCAAACACGUGCUUUGGCGCAUCUUUUGUGUUGCUCAAUUCCUUCUUGCCACUCUUGGUGCGCCACCAUCCCUCCAUCGCCCGCGAAGCAAGGCAGGAUAGGUUACCAGAGGACGAUAAUGACUACCACGAAGAUGAAGACCGCAACUCGACAUCUGCUUUGUUGCCACAAAAUCGACCUGACAACGCGCCGCCUGCUGAGGAAUCACCCGCAGCUAUUUCUCCUGAGCUCAAGCUCUCUACAAGAAUAUCUUCGAAUGGCAUUGGCAUUGGCUAUAUCGCGGGAUUAUUUGUACAGACUGUUUCGAUCCUGAUUGUCGUUGCCACCGGAUCUACCACGUUCUCGUUACGCCUGGUUCUGAUGGUGGUCGGGCUUUGGUGGUUUGCUUUCAGUAUACCGGCAGCUAUAUGGCUACGGCCUCGACCUGGACCUCCACUGCCAGAUGAAAUGAAGGGUCGUUACGCUUGGAUUGGAUAUGUCACAUAUGCCUGGAAAGCACUUUUUAAGACAAUCGGCCAUGCUAGGAAACUCAAAGACAUAGUGAUUUUUCUUUGUGCGUGGUUUCUGCUCAGUGAUAGCAUUGCCACCGUGAGCGGAACUGCUGUGUUGUUUGCGAAAACAAGUCUGGGCAUGAAAACCGAGGCCCUGGGCUUGAUUAAUGUGAUUGCAACUAUCGCUGGUGUACUCGGAGCAUUUUACUGGAGUUUCCUUUCACGCAUCUUCAAUCUGCGCGCAUCACGAACAAUCGUGGCAUGUAUCUGUUUGUUUGAGAUCAUACCAUUAUACGGCCUAUUGGGCUUCAUCCCUGCGGUCAAGAGGUAUGGUGUCUUCGGACUUCAACAGCCAUGGGAGAUGUACCCUCUUGGUGCAAUAUAUGGUUUUGUGCUUGGAGGGUUGUCAUCUUACUGUCGCGCAUUUUUUGGGGAAUUGAUUCCGCCUGGGUUCGAAGCAGCAUUUUAUGCCCUCUAUGCUAUUACCGACAAAGGAUCGAGCAUUUUUGGACCAGCUAUUGUCGGAGCUAUUACGGAUCGAUACGGCGAGAUUCGACCUGCAUUCGUGUUUUUGGCCGUGCUCAUCUUCCUCCCACUUCCCCUGAUGUUACUGGUCGACGUCGACCGUGGCAAGGCCGAUGCAUAUCAGAUGGCACUGGAGCUGGAAGGGCAUCGAAAGGGCCAGGCCGAACGUGCCAGAUAUACUGCAGUACCGACUAUUGUAUUAUCAGAAGAGGAGGACUGAGAUCAGUAAGAUCAGUUGUGAUUAUUGUGGCUAAGUUAUAGGGAGUGAAUAGUCAUCAUUUGCUUAGAAAUACAUCCUCGGUCGGUCAAAGGGCUCUCGAAUGGACAUUUUGAGGGUGCUGUGCCUCUUCAGUCCUGCCUUUUAGGGUGAGAGGUGGCUAGAUGCUGACCUUGAGAUAAUGACGAGGUGGACUUUGACACGAUUGCUUUGCUG